AGCUCCAGAGCAGUGGACAGACAGGAAGAUGAACGAGGUGACUUUGUGACUUUUGCUGCAGUUGAAAAAAGGUGAGAGAAAUAACAUCUGAUUGAGAUUAAAGAUUUAAGAUAAACGUUUUUGAAGGUUCAUUUUUUUUAAAGUUCGAGAUUUUGGAGAUUGAAAAAACUCACACCUGAGAAAACUAAACGUUGGUUGACGGAGAAGAACAGGAAGAAAAUACGAACCGUUUCGGAAGGAGUCAGCUACUAGAGGAAGGAGUCAGCUACUAGAGGAAGGAGUCAGCUACUAGAGGAAGGAGCCAGGUCCUGUUCUGAAGGAGCCAGGUCCUGUUCUGAAGGUGCCAGGUCCUGUUCUGAAGGAGCCAGGUCCUGUUCGGAAGGAGCCAGGUCCUGUUCGGAAGGAGCCAGCUACUAGAGGAAGGAGCCAGGUCCUGUUCGGAAGGAGUCAGCUACUAGAGGAAGGAGCCAGGUCCUGUUCGGAAGGAGUCAGCUACUAGAGGAAGGAGCCAGGUCCUGUUCGGAAGGAGCCAGGUCCUGUUUGGAAGGAGCCAGCUAUUAGAGGAACAUACAGGACAUCAUGGUGGAGAGAAAUCCCCUGCUUCUGCUGCUGUUACUCUGUAUCUACACCUCCUCUGCCUACCCUGUAAGACAGACAGGACCACCUCUACCUAUCGGUGGCUGGACUGGGUUUUAUCCCAUAACCUUGCCUGACCACACAGGAGCACUGAGGACUGUCCUCUACCCUCUGACUGUAUACAACCACAACCUUCCAACACAGCCUGCCAUUGGCCAGAAUCCUGUGUCGGUGCCUGCCAUUGGCCAGAAUCCUGUAUCGGUGCCUGCCAUUGGCCGGAAUCCUCUUCUACGUUCUGUAUCGGAGCCUUUGAUUGGUCAAAAUCCUCUAUCAGUGCCUGUGAUUGGACAGGAGAUGACUGUGUUUCAGACUCCCUCCCCUCCUCAGUUUAAAGAUACGCCUGCGGCCCCUGUAGAGGAAACUCCCAUGGUGACAGAUCCACAGUCCCAGCUCCAGCCAUACUACCCACAGCCCUACCCCUCCUACCCACAGACCUACCCCUACGACCCACAGCCCUACCCCUACGACCCAAAGCCAUACCCCUACGACCCACUCACAACACAGCUACUGCCCAACCUGGAAACACUCACACCUGGGGAACAGGCACAGAUAAUGUCUAGGUUCCAUAUUAUUCCGUCAGUCUCUCAGGACAGUCAGACGGUGUUCCCCACCUGGCAGUUAAGCGGUGCAGUAGGAGGAGCCCAGUCUCAGUCAUCGUCUCUGAGUUCUGAAGAGGAAGCUUCACCUCCUGUGGUCUACACCAGGAUGAUGUUGCCUCCAGUGGUGCCAGCGUACCAAAGCCAGGGGCUGAGUGUGGAUCCUAACCCUGAACCUUCAGCCUUAACCCCUGACCCCUUACCUCUGACCCCUGACCCCGGCCACGCACACCUGGGAAACCCCCCGACUGUAGCCCCGAUGGCCUCGGGAGGGCAGGGGACCCCCAAACCUGAGGGGGGGGGUGCGGUAGGGGUACAGAUGAAGAGUGCCGUGGAGAAGGGUACAGAGGGGGCUGUGGGGGUGAGAGAGGGGGGAGGGGUACAGAUAAAGAGUGGAGGUGCAGGUGACCCCUGUCCCUUGGAGAAGAGCCCCCCAGUAAGAGAGACCCAAACUUCUACCCAUUCUGAUCCUCGCCUCACACAUCGUCUCACCCUCAGGCAGCUCCCCACCCGAGCUAGGAGCGAUGGGGGGAGAGCCUGAGGAGGAGGGUUUUUUUUCCCUCUCCUACCUCUCCUACGUCUCCUCCUCUCUCCCUCUCCUCCUCUCUCCCUCUCCUACCUCUCUCCCUCUCCCUCUCCUACCUCUCUCCCUCUUCUCCAUCUCCUACCUCUCUCCCUCUCCUCCUCUCUCCCUCUCCUACCUCUCUCCCUCUUCUCCAUCUCCUACCUCUCUCCCUCUCCUACCUUUCCUCCUCUCUUACCUCUCCUCCUCUCUCCCUCUCCUCCUCUCUCCCGCUCUCCCUCUCUCCCGCUCUCCCUCUCUCCCUCUCCUACCUCUCCUCCUCUCCUCCUCUCCCCCUCUCUCCCACUCCUCCUCUCCUCCUCUCUCCCUCUCUCCCUCUCCUCCUCUCUCACUCUCCUACCUCUCCUCCUCUCCUCCUCUCCUCCUCUCUCCCUCUCCUACCUCUCCUCCUCUCUCACUCUCCUACCUCUCAUACUCUCCUCCUCCUCUCUCCCUCUCCUCCUCUCCUCCUCUCUCCCUCUCCUCCUCUCCUCCUCUCUCACUCUCCCACCUCUCCUACUCUCCUCCUCUCCUUCCUCUCCUCCUCUCCUCCUCUCUCCCUCCUCUCCUCCUCUCUCCCUCUCUCCCUCUCCUCCCUCUCUCCCUCUCCUACCUCUCCUCCUCUCUCACUCUCCUACCUCUCAUACUCUCCUCCUCCUCUCUCCCUCUCCUCCUCUCCUCCUCUCUCCCUCUCCUCCUCUCCUCCUCUCUCACUCUCCCACCUCUCCUACUCUCCUCCUCAUCUCUCCCUCUCCUCCUCUCUUCCUCUCCUACCUCUCCUCCUCUCCUCCUCUCCUACCUCUCCUCCUCUCCUCCUCUCUCACUCUCCUACAUCUCCUCCUCUCCUCCUCUCUCCCUCCUCUAUUCCUCUCUCCCUCUCUCCCUCUCCUCCUCUCUCACUCUCCUACCUCUUUCCCCUCAAAAUGUUCCAUUGUAUUCUCCUACAGUUUGUCAUAUAUAUAGUUGUCCCUUGUUGUUGGUCAAGUGACCAUUUUCUGACAUGUUGAUAUGAAACCCCUGGAUCUUAAUAAAUGACUUAACACUA